AUGACUGCUCUUAUAGCUAUAGUGAAUGUAGUUUUAUCUGUGCUUGGCUACGUUGUCUGCAGGAGUCUUAUAGGAGAGUACAUCCCUAUAUUUAUCAGUCGGAAGAUGUAUGGAAACGACCAGUGCAAGAAGACCAAUGAUCCCAUACCGGAGCCAAUGGGGGUAAUCUGCGCUGCUGCUUAUCUUAUUGUCAUGUUUGUUUUCAUUCCAUUUCCGUUCAUUGAGUGGAUAGAAGCUGAGAGUGCCUUUCCUCAUACGAAGUUUCUUGCAUUUCUGUCGGCGUUGAUUUCCAUAUGUACGGCCAUUCUGCUGGGAUUUGCUGAUGACGUUCUGGACCUCAAAUGGCGCCACAAAUUGGCUUUUCCUACGCUCUCUUCGCUGCCUAUUCUCAUGGUUUACUACGUAUCAGGAGGUUCGACUACUGUGAUAAUACCUUCCGCGGUCCGUACGUUGCUCUCUUCUGUUCUACCAUCUUCUAUUUCCCCAAACAUUCCUGGUUCAAUUGAUAUAAAUGUUCUCUACUAUGUGUUCAUGUGCAUGGUGGUCGUUUUCUGUACUAAUGCCAUCAACAUCUUAGCUGGAAUAAACGGACUUGAAAGUGGACAAGCUAUUGUUGUAGCUGUUAGCGUGGUUGUUUUCAACUUGGUGCAGUAUCCUGCGCGUGUAUUUGUCGGCGAUACAUUCUGUUACUGGGCUGGGAUGACACUUGCUGUUGUGUCUAUUUUGGGCCAUUUCAGCAAGACGAUGAUUCUUUUCCUAUUACCGCAGGUGUUCAAUUUUCUUUACUCCAUACCUCAACUAUUUAAACUGGUGCCAUGUCCAAGGCAUCGCCUGCCAAAAUUUGAUGAGACAACAGAU